AUGAUCUAUCUAUCUAUCUAUCUAUCUAUCUAUCUAUCUAUCUAUCUAUCUAUCUAUCUAUCUGUCUGUUACUUAAAUCUUUUUUUAUCAUCUCUAUCAUACCGUAUUUACACAUGCUGGCUAAAGUUAUGUCUAACAAUUUGUAUCUUUCUUUCGGUUCGUGAAUCUUUCUUUAUAAUAUUGUAUCUCAACUCAAUCUAUCUAUCUAUCUAUCUAUCUAUCUAUCUAUCUAUCUAUCUAUCUAUCUAUCUAUCUAUUCAUAUCCAUCGAAGUCUUUUCCUUCCUUCCUUCCUUCCUUCCUUCCUUCCUUCCUUCCUUCCUUCCUUCCUUCCUUCCAAUCUAUCUCUUCGCCUUUUCAUAUCUAUCUAUCUAUCUAUCUAUCUAUCUAUCUAUCUAUCUAUCUAUCUAUCUCAGUCUAUUCAUAUCCAUCGAAGUCUUUUCCUUCCUUCCUUCCUUCCUUCCUUCCUUCCUUCCUUCCUUCCUAUCUAUCUAUCUCUUCGCCUUUUCAUAUCUAUCUAUCUAUCUAUCUAUCUAUCUAUCUAUCUAUCUAUCUAUCUAUCUAUCUAUCUCAGUCUAUUCAUAUCCAUCGAAGUCUUUUCCUUCCUUCUUUCCUUCCUUCCUUCCUUCCUUCCUAUCUAUCUAUCUAUCUAUCUAUCUAUCUCUUCACCUUUUCAUAUCUAUCUAUCUAUCUAUCUAUCUAUCUAUCUAUCUCAGUUUGUUCCCAUCAUUUCCUGA